GUGCACUACGCGUUCAUGAAGGACGCGACGCAGGCGGCGAACGUGUCCUACUACGACUACAUCGUCGUGGGCGGCGGCACGGCCGGGUGCCCGCUGGCGGCCACGCUGUCGGAGCGCUUCCGCGUGCUCCUGCUGGAGCGCGGCGGCUCGCCCUACGGCGACGAGCGCGUCGAGGACAUGACCCGCUUCACGGACACGCUGGCCGACACCUCCCCGGGCUCCCCCGUGCAGCGCUUCGUGUCCGAGGACGGCGUCAUCAACUCGCGCCCGCGGGUGCUGGGCGGCGGCAGCUGCAUCAACGCCGGCUUCUACACGCGGGCCGGCGACGACUACGUGCGGGGCGCCGGCUGGGACCUGGAGGCCACCAGGGCGGCGUACCGGUGGGUGGAGGACGUGGUGGCGUUCCACCCGGAGCUGGGCCCCUGGCAGGCCGCGCUGCAGGCCGGGCUGCUCGAGUCCGGGAUCACGCCGGACAACGGCUUCACUUUCGACCACCUCGACGGGACCAAGGUCGGCGGGUCCAUCUUCGACGCCGACGGGCGCCGGCACACGGCCGCGGACCUGCUGAGGUACGCGCGCGCCGACGGGCUCGACGUGCUGCUCUGGGCCAGAGUCGCCAAGAUCUUGUUCAAUGUCAGAGGAAGACGGCCGGUGGCGCGCGGCGUGGUGUUCCACGACUCCAAGGGGCGGAUGCACAAGGCGUACCUCAACGCGCGCCGCGGCAACGAGAUCAUCCUAUCGGCGGGCGCCAUGGGCAGCCCCCAACUGCUGAUGCUCAGCGGCGUCGGCCCAGCCGACCACCUCAGGUUGUUCGGCAUCACUCUCGUCCACGAUCAACCUGAGGUCGGCCAGGGGAUGUCCGACAACCCCAUGAACGCCAUCUACGUGCCGUCGCCUUCCCUGGUCGAGACCUCGCUCAUCCAGGUCGUCGGCAUCACCCAGGUCGGGAGCUACAUCGAGGGCUCCAGCGGGGCAAGGCACUCGGCCUCGGCCCGCAAUUUCGGCAUGUUCUCUCCACAGACGGGGCAGCUGGCCACCGUGCCCCCGAAGCAGCGCACGCCGGAGGCCAUCGCGCGCGCCGCGGAGACGAUGAGGCAGCUCGACGACUCGGCUUUCCGCGGCGGCUUCAUCCUGGAGAAGAUCCUCGGCCCGCUGUCCACGGGCCACCUCGAGCUCCGCAACCGCAACCCCGACGACAACCCGUCGGUGACGUUCAACUACUUCUCGCACCCCGAGGACCUCCGCCGCUGCGUGGCCGGCCUGUCGGUCAUCGAGCGCGUCAUCCAAUCCAAGGCCUUCGAGAACUUCACGUACACCGACUUCUCCAUGGAGACGCUGCUCAACAUGUCGACCGGAUUCCCGGUGAACCUGCUGCCCCGGCACGAUAACGACACCACGUCGCUGGAACAGUUCUGCAGGGACACCGUCAUGACCAUCUGGCACUACCACGGCGGCUGCCAGGUCGGCAGGGUCGUCGACACCGAGUACCGAGUGCUCGGCCUCGACGCGCUGCGCGUCAUCGACGGCUCCACUUUCAACGCCUCGCCGGGAACCAACCCGCAGGCCACCGUCAUGAUGCUCGGCAGGUACAUGGGCCUCAAAAUCCAAAGUGAGAGAUUGAAAGCUGAAGGAUCAGAGAGGACAAAACUGUAAUCAUGUCAUCCAAGGUAGCUGCACCGCCACAUAAAGUAUUAGUAGUAUUGCAGUAUGCAUUGCUGGAUUCCGUGUUGAUAGUGUGAUUCUGAUAGGUUGCACAUAUUGUCGGAACUCGGAACUGUAUCAUGUUGUGUCUUACUAUGUACUAUUUACCGGUGAAAUCUGCAUCUAAGCUUCAGAUCAUGUAUUCUUGCUCAGAACAGAAAGAUCCGGGAGACAGUAUCACUAAAUGCCUAAUUCUACUCGCCCAUCUUUUUCUCUAAGAAAAAUGAAAGUCACCGGCAGUAAGUGCCUUGUGCCUAGUGCCAAUUUCCAACGAAGAGUCU